UUUCUUAGCAAAAUGUCCGAGAGUUGGCAGGUAAAGACGUCUAGCGGGGUGAUUAGUGCUAUUUGGAGCAGUAUCAUAACCACCCCAACACGCGAAAUGGAGCAAACACGACUGGUUAAGCAGCUCUGCAAAGCGUUGCACUUGGAUAGCCAAGAAUUGGCCCUUCGACAUAUUAAAACAGCGCUAGAAGACCAGCUAAUCGUUUUGAGUGUACGAGCAAAACAACGUGGGAAACCGAAAUCGACCCCGAGCUACACCAUUCCAACGAUGAAUAAAGUGCCCGACGAACAACCGGACCGGUGUUGUUACGAAUGUCACAAUACGGGCCGAGUGGUAAAGUGUGAAGGUUGUGUCAGAAGCUUUCACGAGCACUGCAUAAAAUCUCCCGACGAGAAGCUGCUCGAGCUGGGACAGUUUGUGUCGAAGGAAAAGCAGAUAAUAAUAUCCGCUUCCGAACAGCACAACGCGCAUCAAACACCGACAAGAGCAGCCAGACGGGUUUCCACUGCAUCGGUUACCGUGAUUGAUGAGGGGGACGGGAGUUGGUCAGCCGAUGACGAUUCGGAUGAGAUGGUAGCGGCGGAGGAAAACACACCCGCAUCGGUGGUAAAGCAUGAAUCGGGUUUGGACGGUUCCUAUCAGAGCAUUAAGCUAGAGGAAGACGUAAAAGAAGGGCUGCUUACGGACGAGCCCAUGUUUGUGUGUAUGGUACGACCGCCGAACAGACGGCUGGAACGAAUGCUUAACGUACCAAUCAUCAAACCGGAAGUGUCAACAGACAGCGACGACAUUGAAGGGGAAGCGACUGAAAAUAAUACGAUGUCAAAACGAUACUGCUAUGCCUGCCAUGUGCUGAAGAACAGUGCACACAAUGUACCCCCUAAUGUGGGUACGCGUGAACUAAACUACUUACUAGGGUUCGCAGUGGAGCAGUACAAAUCAUGGCUUCCAAAAGAUACUUUUUCGCCAUCGAAACUUUUUCGAGACAAACAAAAGUCGGUGCUGUCAAGCAAAACCAUUGAUGUUCUAAAAAGCAUGCUGCUGCGUACGCCCACUUCGCUCUUGGAUGUGCAGUCAAAGAUCGUGAACGAACAGUACAAUAGUCUGGAAGAGUUUCAUGUUGAUUUACUGGAUAUUGUGCACAACGUAGGAAUUAUCCAUGGAGUUAACUCGCUGGAUUACAGUGCGGCAAUGUAUUUUCUAGCAGACUGCAUGUAUGAGGUACGAGAAAUACGCCAAUGUUCCGACUGCUAUCGUCAUUCGGCCGACAAAGCGGUCCCAGAUUGGUUCGCACGACCAUGCCGAACGCGUCAUGAGCUAGUGUUUGCCAAGCAAAGAAGUUACCAGUACUGGCCGGCGAAAGUAGUGCGAGUCAUAAACAAUAAGUACGAUGUGCGGUUCUUUGGCGACAAACAUUUGCGCGCGCUGGUGAAUGCCGAUUGUGUAAAGCCGAUCGAUACGGAUCUCCGCACGCUGCAGGUUAAUGUGAAGCAUCGUGGAUUCCAGCAAGCGAUGACCGAAAUGCUUCGAUACCAAUCGUUGUCUGAGAACAGAGAAUAUUUUGCCUUUUCGUCCACCGUCGGACAGCCGGUGCCGCAGGUAUUGAACACACAGCAAACGGUGGACAGUACGGAAACGCGACCACCUUUGCCUAGUGAAUGGGACGAACUAGCCUCGAAUGUUAGCUUCAAUAUUUCACGCCCGGUAACGAGGAAGCGUGCUAAUAUAAGUCAACAGUCUAGCAUCGCUGCGUCCCUACAAAAGCAACGAAAACUUCUGGACCGCUUUACCAACCCAGCAGAUCUGAAGGCAAAAGCUUUACAGCUUCUUCAGGAGAGCGAAGAACGAUUUGCACUGAAGCUGGAAUUGCUGAAUAUACAACACCGCAAGGAAAUAAGUGAAGUAAAGAAGAAACAAUGGUGUGUCAUGUGUGAAAAGGAGGCAAGGAUUCAGUGUUGCUGGAACACGUUCUACUGUACGACAGCUUGCCAGAAAAAUCACUCGGUGCAGCAUCAAAAGCGUCACCAGGCUGGCAGCAGGUGCCAUCGGUUGCGUUCAAUUUCCGUGUGCCCUACCUCGCUACCACAGCAUGCCAGCUAA